AAAAUUCAAAUCAAAAUCAAAAUCAAAACUCGAAUCCAAACUUUAAGCGACCAGUGUUAAUGACCAGUUGUCAUUGUGGUAGUGCAGCGCGGAACAGUGUUGCAAAAUAAUAAUAUUAUUCGGAUUUCUGUUUGUGUAUUUGUUGUGUUGUGUUGUGUUUAUUUUUUUUUUGCACGUGUGACACUUAUUAAUUGAACGGCCGCAAAGUGGCGGAGAAACGCAAAGGUACGCCGUCGCCAACGCCGCCGCCCGCGCAGCAGCGACGCAAAUCGGGCGAAAGCGCGACGCCAACAUCGGCAACGGCAACGGCACCGGAAGCGGCAGCGGCAGCAAGUAGCGUAAUCGCAAUACCAAUUGCAAUACCAAUACCAAUACCAGUGCCCCCAACGACGCCCACAACGGCCACGGACAUGACCACCACCACGCACAGCCAGGCGGCGCUGGAGCGCACGCCAGCCAAGCACAAGGAGCGCGCGUCGCGUGAGCGGGAUCGGGAUAGGGAACAGGAACAGGAUCGAGAACGGGAACGGGAAAGGGAUACGACAAACAACAGCAGUGCUGGUGGCAACAGCAGCGGGAAUAGCAGCGGCUUGGGCAGCGCCGGCAGCCUGCCCGCCUCGCCACAGAGUGCGGCAACGGUUAGCUUGGGCACACCCACAACGCCCAAGCGGCCGUUGCGAACAUCGACGCCAUCGUUGGAUCAGCCGCGUGCAUCGAAGAUCAUCAGCACGGCGAGCACAACGGUGCCGACAACAACGCCCAGCCAUGGCGCCAACUUCUCGGCCGCGGAGCAAUUGCGCAUCCCGACAGGAGCGGCGGCAUUCAGUGGCUUUCCCGGCCUGCACAGCAUGAGCAGCUUAAUGGUGCCGACAUCGGCGGCUGUGGCGGCUGCUGCAGCAGCACCCUUCCUGCCCUGGUCACCCAUAUUGCUGCCACCUUGGAGCCAUGCGCUGCUCCCGGCUGCCUUUUAUCCGGCGGCUCUGCGCAACGCUUUGCCCGGCCUCUUUGAUGCCAAGGUGCCGUCUUCGCAGCGCUCCGGCUUUCAUAUAUCCGACAUCCUCAACUUGGACGGCUCGGAAUUGAAGAGUGCAGCGGCGGCAGCAGCAGCAGCUCAUCACACGCACAGCCAUAGCGCGGAGCUGGGGGCGGAGUCCAGCAAUGGGCACGGUCAUCCGACACCAACGGCCCUGUCGCCCACACCCAGUUCAGUGCUGCCGCCACCCAGUAGCGCAGAUGUGGAUCAUGUGACGCCAGCGGCACAAGGUGAUCAUCAGACUACGGAGCAUAAUGCUCAGGCCUCUCACCUCCAUCCCCAGCAGCACCACCAUCCGCAGCAUCAACAGCAGCAGCAGCAGCAGCAGCAACAGCCGCACCAGCAGCAACAGCAGCAUCACCAUCCGCAUCUACAUCAGCAUCCGCACCAUCAGCAGCCAGUGGCGCCACUUCCCCUGCCGCACCAUCAGAGCGCUGGCGGCGCUCAGCCACCCAUGCCCCACAUGGGCACCCAUGCCCAUGCUGCCUCAGCGCAGGCCGCUGCCCAUCUGCUGGCCAGUCACAAUGCAGCAGCCGCCGCUGCUGUUGCCGCCGGCCAAUAUCUGCCAAAGAACUUUCCGGGCACCUUCGGCGAUGAGAUGUCCUCCUACCAUCACAUGGCCCAGACAAUGCUCUCCCACUCGGGUCGCACUGCGUGGAUCAAAGAGAACGAACUAUAUGGCACUCAACAGCCGGCCAGUCCGGACAGCACCUCGCCAGUGACUUCGGAGGUCUCCUACACAUACAUCGGCUCCAAUUGCCAAACGUCGCCAGCCCUCUCCGGCGACUAUAAGAGCUACAGCCGCUCGGCGGAUAGCGAUGCGCUUUCUGUUGGUGAUGCGUUGCACACGUUGCAUGGUAGCGCCACAGCCGGCGGCAGCUCGGCGGCGCAUGCGUUGCACAACAACAAUAAUAACAACAACAACAACAAUAACAACAAUAAUAACAAUAACAAUAGUUUGAAGCACGAUGCUGGCGCAGGCAGCGGCAGCGCUCACGACGACAGCUUGAACGAGGACGGCAUCGAGGAGGACAUCGAUGAUGUGGACGAUGCGGACGGCAGCGGCGGCGGCGGCGUCAACGCCGACGGCAUGCCCAACAAGAAGCGCAAGCGACGCGUCCUCUUCACCAAGGCGCAAACGUACGAGUUGGAGCGACGCUUCCGGCAGCAGCGCUAUCUCAGUGCACCGGAGCGAGAGCAUUUGGCCAGCCUGAUAAGGCUGACGCCGACGCAGGUGAAGAUCUGGUUCCAGAAUCAUCGCUACAAGACCAAGCGUGCCCAGAACGAGAAGGGCUACGAGCAUUCCGGCCUGCUGCAUGGCCAUGGCACCCAUCCGCAUCAUCCAUCGGCGUUGCCCUCGCCCCGCCGCGUUGCUGUGCCCGUCCUGGUGCGCAAUGGCAAGCCAUGUCUGGGCGAUGGGCCCAAGCUGACGCAGGAUUGUGUGAGCACUGCCACCGCCAUGCAGAAUGCCGCCGCCGCCCAUCAUCUGGUGGCACUCAACGGCGCCGCUGCCUAUCAGCAUGCGGCGGCAGCCGCUGCCGCUGGCCUCCAUGUCCAUGCCCACGCUCAUGCCCAUCCGCAUGCGCAGCGCGCCCCUUGGUGGUCCUAAUAUUGCUAGCUGCCUAGGUUCGAGUUGGCCGCACUGGGUGGUGGGAGCGGCCAAAUGACUGCUAACUCGAAUACUGGACAAUAAUGUGACUCUGCCACGGCUUGUGGCACAAUUCGGUUGGCAAUUCGAACAAACAAAACAAAUUUUGUGCAAUAAUUGAUAACAAUGGUUCGACAGACAACAAGCAAAUAUGAGACACAUCUCUCUUCUCUGCUCCGCUCCGCUCCUGCCCCUUUUUCCCUCAUCCCUCAUCCCCCAGAGCCCGUCAUCUAAUCAAAAACAUAUAAAACAUACACAGAACGGGAGCUUGUGGCAUGGCCAAGCCAAGUGCUCAACUUGAAGAAUUCUUCGCCAAGCGCUGCAGCAUUAAUAAUUUGAAGUGUUGUUGCAUGUGCAACAAACUGCAGCAAAUAUCAUUCGUGUAAUAAAAACUGCUAUAAAUAAUAAUACUUUUUUUUUCCUGCAGCUCAAAAGCUGCGGGCUAUUUAGACAUAAGAUUUUUUUUUUUGCACAAAAGUCAAUAAUACUUAUUAAUUUUUAGGCGUAGAACCAAGUUUUU